GCCCGCAGGUAGCGGGGCGGGGCUGGCGGCCGGUCAGCGGCGGCCGGGGAUGGCUGCUAAUGGGGUUGUGCGCUUCGGGGCGGCUGUGGCCAGGCGGGAGUGACGCUGCGGGGUGUGCGGCGCCGGCCUGGGACUAGAUGUGUCCUGUCCUGGGCUUUGGAGGAGGUGUUUUUCCACGUGAGGAGCGGCGCCCGGCUGUUGGAUCCAUCGUAACAACUGACCGACUGAGCUCCGGCAGCGCCGCUGCCUCGUACGGCUGUCCUCGUUCCCGUGCUGUGUCUCCGUGUUUUGACCGCGCGUACCUGAGCGGUCGCGGUGUGCUCCUGUAGCGGGACGCAGAGCUUGAGAGACGGCUGAAGGCCGUGCAGGAGGGCUGAGCGCCUGCCCGCUUCGCUGGGCUGACAGCCGGGUCCUCCCGCUUGGAGAAAUAAGCGACUGCUCGGCUUUGGAGGGACUAAAGCCCCGUCGAGGUGCAGUGUGAUGUUUCUGCGCCUCGUUUUCCUUCCUUUCGGAGGAUAAGAAAUCAGUCUGCAGGCUGUAAGUCAGAGGAAAUGGAAGAGAGGAAAAUCAAGAGGAGGAGCCCCAAGUCAUCCACCGCCCAUCCCGUGCCGGUUGCUAACUCCAAGAAGAGCUCCGUGCCGGUCAGCAAAAGCACCGCCUUUUCCAAUCCCGCGCCACAGCCGCCGGGGCAGAAACCAAAGCUAAAACGAGUAAUAAAAGAGAAAGCCAAACCUCCAGGAGGAGAAGCAAAAGGGGCACAGGCAGCACCAAUCCAGCAUUCAUUCCUCACAGAUGUAUCGGAUGUCCAGGAAAUGGAAAGGGGACUUCUCAGCCUCCUGAAUGAUUUCCACUCUGGCAAACUUCAAGCAUUUGGAAAUGAAUGUUCCAUAGAGCAAAUGGAGCACGUGCGGAGCAUGCAGGAGAAACUUGCCCGCCUCAAUCUGGAGCUGUAUGGGGAGCUGGAAGAACUUCCUGAAGAUAAAAGAAAACUAGCCAGUGACUCCAAUCUGGAUAGGCUGCUAUCAGAUCUGGAAGAACUGAAUUCAUCUAUCCAAAAACUACAUUUAGCAGAUGCUCAAGAUAUUCCAAAUAGCACCACGGGCUGAAGAAACAGCUUUUUCAGUUUGGGUUCUCGUGUAAGCUUUUCUUUUGUGGGUUUUUGUUUUUUUUUUUUUUUGCUUUUUUUUUCUUGCCACUGUAAUCUGGAAUUGGUAGCUUUUAAUUAUUUAUUAUUUGACACAAUGAAGAAUCAAAGUGCAAAUCCAGGUGUUUACUUUUGCACAUUCCUUUGAGUACUGCUUUACAUCAGGACUCAGUCUCUAGAGAUUUAAGCGGGCUGUUGUGAUGGUAUGCUUUAUAUCAUUGCCUUAUUUAAUAGGAAAACACUGGGAAACACAAAAGUAAAUUUAUUCUGCUGUAUUGUUCAUAUUGUUGCAAAUGAUGUAUAAGUUCAUUAGCAUUUCUCCAAAUUUUGUGAAGGUAAUGCUGUUGUUGCCUUUCUGAUCAGUUCAUAGACAAUCUGCACACUAGCUUUAGUGUGUUUUGUUGACCAGAGCUGCCACUGAGAUUUUAUUGUUAAUAAAGACAUUUUAAAACUAUAUAAGAUUUUAUUUGAAGAAGUUAUCUAUUCAGCUGUGUUAAGAAAGAGUUCUUGCAUGGUCUGAAUGUUUGCAAGGUUUACUUUUUUCAUUACUGUGAAUAAUUAUUAGUUCUGUCACUAAACAGAACUAUCAUGCAUGCUAGAAGUGCAUAUAAUUUAAUUAAGUUCUGUCACAUUCAGAGAUUCAAUAAGGUCAUUGUUCAAUAAAUCUGUUAUAUGUAA